ACACACCACAUCAUUUAAUCAAAACCUAUAGAUUUUCUGAAUACACUAUGACAUACAGCCAGCCGAAACUCAAACAUUACCCUCGAACGAGCUCAACAUGUUUCUCACGAUCCUUCCCGAAGAGAUAUGAACCUCCUACGUCGAAUUCGCUUGCACUCGUAUGGUACCAUCCGGGAACACCUGAGUUCUUGUGUCUGCAGAAUAGGAACCUUCCCUCGGCGCAGAUCCCAUAGCCCAAUCUCUCGGAACCGGUGUGGCCACUGCCCGUCGCUGUGCGCCCAAAAACCGCUCAUUAUGCUCUUUCGGGAGUCAGCAUGGGCGCCCCUAUUGAGUAGGUGCUGCUGGGCUGGGGCAGAAAGCAUUUUCCAAGCUGCUCUCUCCGUUUGCGAACAGCCCAGGAUUUGUACUGCAUGUGGAGGUCUGCAGGGGCAAAACGAGGCUGUUAUCAACCGCAUUGAUUUUCGCUGAGAGAACGAGAGUACGGCCCUCGCCAGAAUUGCUCGUCCCGGACGACCCUGACUCUUGACCUGUUCCCGGCCUCGAUGGGAAUAGCUUAGGAAACAGCCUCUGCAAGGGUGUGCGAAGCAUUG